GUCACGUGAUAUCGAGAACGCAUUACGGAGGUCCACAAAUUAACCAAUAGCACGCUAUUUUGAAUUAUACACACUGAUGAUACGUCCGUACAUUGGUGGUUGGAUCUGUAUAUUAUUCUUAAUAAAUGCCUCAUUUUGUAAUCACUGCUGAUCCAUUAUAGAAAUUUAAUGAUAAAUGAAAGCUUAAGGUUAACAGUAGAAAAAUCACGUGCUUAUCUAUCGAAUAUUUUGUUAGCGAUGCAAAUGAUCUUUUUCCUUCCAUAAUACCAUUUUAAUUCAAGAACCAGGAAAGCUCAUUACAGAAAUGACACUCCAAUUUAAUAUUUUUACUAUAUGUUUAAUAUUUAGCAUAGCGUUAAUUAUGUCCUCGAAAACAGCAGGAAACUUAAAUAAAAAAGAAUUUGAGCCAUGGAGAUUAAAUAAUAACAUCCACAAUAAUCCAUUUCUUAAUAAUUCAGGCAACAGUGAAAUGUAUAAAAAGAAUCCUUUCUUAUCAAAUAUUAUAAAUAGUACUGAAUUGAACAAAACACCUGUAAAUAACAAACCACUCAAGGUAUCAGAAAGCUUUAUUCUUAAUAUAUCUACUUUUAAUAAUAAUCCUUUCGUACCACAUGAUUUUAGUACAACUAAUAUUCCAUAUAUUCCAAUAUUCCAGGCAUUUCCCAUAAGUAAUUCAUAUCUUAACUUAAGUAUGCAAAAUAAGAAGGUAUCAAUGGAGAAAAUUCCAAGUAUAACAAGUCCAUACACAGAUUCAAAAUCAAAGUCAGAACUUAAAUGUGAGGAAUAUGAAAGACAAAUCCUAGGCACAGCAAAUGCAUUGUCUUUAGUGGGUACAAAUCCAGAGGUGAUUACAAUAACUAAUCAAAAAUGUAAGACCACAAACCAUCUUGUUGUUGGAGGUAUCGAUGCUUCUCCUGGAGAAUUUCCUCACAUGAUUGCUUUAGGCAUUAAAGCUUUAGAUGGGUCAUUUAUUUUUUCAUGCGGUGGCACUCUUAUUGCUCCAGAAUGGAUACUUACUGCUGCACAUUGUACUUAUGGACCAAGAAGCCCUACAAAUGCUCGUAUUGGUAUGUCUAACUUGAGAAAUAAUCAACAAGGUAUCACAACUACGAUCAACAGGAUAGUACGACACCCAAGUUAUAAACCUCCUGCUAUGUAUGCUGACAUAGCUCUUGUAAAGCUAAGUACAGCUGUUGUCUUUAACAAUGAAAUAAGACCCGCUUGUUUAUACCAACAAUAUGAUACUGUGCCUAUGCAAGCAUGGAUCAGUGGUUGGGGAAUUACAGAAUUUGAUGCAGAAGAAGAGAGUGAUCAACUGCAAAAGGCUCUUCUUAAUAUUGUUGAUAACAUAGAUUGUGCGAUAAAAUACAAUCAGUCCAUGUCAAUAACAAUACCAUAUGGAAUUAUGCCAAGUAUGAUUUGUGCAGGAGAUACUCUCAGUGGUUGGAAUAAAGAUACUUGUCAAGGAGAUUCAGGAGGCCCCUUACAAAUACCCCAUCCAAGAAAUGAAUGCUUAUUUCAAGUAUUAGGUAUUACCAGUUUUGGACAAGGCUGUGCAAUUGUCAAUACACCUGGAGUAUAUACUAGAGUUUCACACUAUCUUAACUGGAUUGAAGAUAUUGUUUGGCCAUAAAUUUUGUUUUGUAUCAUUAAUGUACACCUUAGUUUGCAAAGAUAAAAAAUUGUUUAUUUUCCCAGCAACAUUUCGACUGAUUUAAAGAUUAAAAGUUAAAAAUACAUUUGAUAAUAAUGUUUAAAAGUGUAGUAAAGUGUUAUCUAUCAAUGUAUGUACAUAUCAAAUAAUCUUAUUAAUGUACAAAGUGAGUGUUAUUUUUAUGAUGACAUUAAUAUUUUCAGAUUAUACUAAUAUUGUUUGAAACAUGUGCACAUAGUACUAUAUAGUUGUAAUAUAGAUUGACUAGAAAAUCUUUUAAUCUGUAAGAAUGACUUCAGGGUGACUGUAAAUAAUAAGUGUAACUUCUGCCGGUAUUAGGCAUGAAAAUUAUACUCAAGAUAUCUUUGUAUCGUGAAUGGUCUUCCAUGUGAGACCAUCUCCAUAUGGUCCAUGAUUAGAUGGAAAAAGUAUAUGCCACCAACUUCUGUGGUAUGGAAUAUGAAGUUAUUAUUAUAUUGUAAAAUACUUAUUAAUAAAUAUUUAAUGUUUUA